CUUUAUUGCUGCUUCUAGCAAUGAAUGAGAGGGACAGUGAGGUUGCUAUGGACGACCAGCCAACUGUACACCCUGGCGACGACGCAAGCAACAGCGAGAAAUUAGAUACGGGAGGGCAGCAGAACAAGGAAGAGGACAUUCUAUGCGAGGAAACGUGCGGAGUAACAUCUGACCAUCCUCCCGCACCGGGUCAAACAGAGAAGACGGACGAGCUUACGGUGAAACGUACCGUUGAUAAACUCUACGCGUGUACGGAAUGUGGCUUCAGUACAACCUCAAAAUCUGGCAUGUUACGACACGCAAAAAAAUAUACUGAUAAGAAAUCUAAUAGCUGUGACCAGUUCGACUGUUCUGCUGGAUUUAAAGACGAUUUAGAUGGACACAUGGCUAAAAGUACCAGCGAAAAACCCUACAUGUGUGGGAAUUGUGACUACAGGACAGCUGACAGGUCUCACCUAUCCCGGCACAUGAGUAGACAUACAGGUGAGAAACCUUAUAAAUGUGACCAGUGCGACUUUUCUGCUGCACAGAAAGGAAAUUUAGACCGUCACAUGGCUACACAUACUGGAGACAAACCCUUCAUGUGUGGAGAAUGUGGAUACAGAACUGCUUGCAGGUCUAACUUAUCUCAACAUAUUACAACACAUAGUGGCGACAAACCUUUCAUGUGUGGAGAGUGCGGAUACAGGACUACUACCAAGUCUCACUUGUCCAGACAUAUGAGAACACAUACAGGUUUGAAACCUUAUAAAUGUGACCAGUGCCAAUAUUCUGCUGCAUUUAAAGGCAAUGUGGACUGACACAAGGUUAUAAAACACACAGGAGAAAAACCGUACAUGUGUGGUGAGUGCGGAUGCAGGACGGCGAGCAGGUCAUCCUUAACCGUACACAUGAGAACACAUACAGGCGUGAAACCCUAUAAAUGUGACCAGUGCGACUAUUCUGCUACAAAGAAAAUCUAUCUAACCAAACACUUGACCGAGCACGCUUCGUAGCGAUACAGUUGACAAGUGCAGACACAGGACGAUUGAAAAAUCUAACGUAUCCAGAUUUCGCACAAAAUACAGGUGAAGACUAUUAAGUCAAAUGUGAUGAGUGCGUUUUUUUUUCUGUUUCAUAGAAAUGUAGCUAAAAAGUACACCGGUCGGAAAAGCCGUAGUUUAUAAAUACACCAAUCCUACAUGUGCGGGGAUUGCGGAUUCAUCGGGAUGAAACUUUUGUCUAGUCGCAUUACUAUAAAAACGUCUAUCAGCAUUGUCGAUGUACUCCUCGUUGUGGGAUAAACCACGUCAUUUUUGUUCAGGCCAAUGGCGAAGUAAACGCCCGUUGUAUGAAUAUCUAAUAAGCUAGACCUUGUGCAUACUGUAUGCUUUAACAUGAUAGAAACAUUCUGUAUUAUAUGCAUGCCAAUAAGCGCUUACACUUACUUAUUUUGGAAAAUCAUGUCCAGUUGCUUAAGUAACUGCUUUUUUGCGUAUCUUAUCACCUUGUUGUCUAACCUUCAUUGACAUAUCAAACUGUAUGUUAUUUCUGCAAUAAAUCUUUGCUUAUAGGUAUCCAAAU